AUGGAUAAUAAAACUGUAUACAUUCGUCGUAUUCUUCCUAAAACGGAAGUAAAAAAUAGCUAUUCGACUCAUAUUCGCUUCUUACGAGCAUGUUGUCCAUUGAACUUCGGUUUCUAUGACACCGGCCCCAGUAGUUUUGAAAAUCUCUUGAAGGCCUUCAAGUUACACGACUUAUUUCACACGACAAGAAAACCGACAUCGAACUUAGUAAAAAUAUCCCCAAUUUUAGAAAUGGCUAGGGAAAAUUCUCCAUAUAUUCAUAUUGAAAGAACACUCUUAAUUAUUAAGCCGGAUAUUAUUAAUUAUGCAGAUAAAAUAGAAGAACUUAUCUUACAAAAAGGAUUCUUGAUAAUACAGAAGAGACGCGUUCAUUUGACACCAGAACAGGCAAGUGAAUUCUAUGCAGAACAUUACGGGAAAAUAUUUUAUGCAACAUUAAUUGCUUACAUUAGCAGUGGUCCGAUAGAAGUAUUAGUCAUAGCUAGAGAAAAUGCUAUAUCUAUUCUUCGUGAACUAAUUGGUCCACAAAAUGCAUUUAAAGCUAAGGCGACCGCACCUGAAAGUUUAAGAGCUAUUUAUGGUACAGAUGAUCAACAGAAUGGAAUACAUGCAAGCGACUCGUUUACAAGUGCUGAAAAGGAAAUUAGGUUCUUCUUCCCAGAUAUGGUCGUUGCACCGAUUUCCGUUAGGCUUGCAGCAAAAGACUAUUUAGUUCGGAAUGUAAACCCAACUUUACUAAAAGGCUUGAUAGAACUAUGCAAACAAAAGCCUAAGGAUCCAGUACUUUGGCUGGCCGACUGGCUGCUGGAAAAUAAUCCAAAUAAACCUCAUCCCAUCGACAUGGUCACCUCUUGA